AGUGAAAAUUAAAAGUAUAACCACUUUUGCUUUGCUAUCUUUCAGUUGGCAUUUCCGGCUGAGCAUAAUAGUAACAGAUAAAAAAAAAGAUCAGUAUUCAUAUAGAAGGGUUAAAAAAAAGUUAUGUUACGUUUUCUAAACUGUUGAACAGAGCAGCAGAGCGUAGGGAGGGAGUCAAUACAAGAAAGAAGAUGAUCUUAGACCGCAUAGAAGAUGAAGAGAAAUGGCUUGCAGAAGGAAUCGCUGCCAUUCAGCAUAACGCCUUUUACAUGCAUCGCGCUCUGGAUUCAAACAAUCUCAGAGACGCCCUCAAAUACUCUGCUCAGAUGCUGUCCGAGCUCCGAACUUCAAAACUCUCUCCUCACAAAUACUACGACCUAUAUAUGAGAGCUUUUGAUGAAUUAAGGAAGCUGGAGAUCUUUUUCAAGGACGAGAGUAGACACGGCGUUUCCGUGGUAGAUUUAUAUGAGCUAGUGCAGCAUGCUGGAAAUAUUUUGCCUAGAUUGUAUCUGCUAUGUACGGUAGGAUCAGUUUACAUUAAAUCAAAGGAGGCACCGGCAAAAGAUGUGCUUAAGGAUCUUGUCGAAAUGUGUCGUGGUGUUCAACAUCCAAUUCGUGGACUCUUUCUUAGAAGUUACCUUGCUCAAGUUAGCAGAGAUAAAUUGCCUGAUAUUGGUUCUGAGUAUGAAGGAGAUGCUGGCACGGUCAUGGAUGCUAUAGAGUUUGUGCUGCAAAACUUUACUGAGAUGAAUAAACUUUGGGUUCGAAUGCAGUAUCAGGGACCUGGUCGGGUAAGAGAGAAGCAGGACAAGGAAAGAAGCGAGCUACGUGAUCUUGUAGGGAAGAAUCUCCAUGUUCUUAGUCAAAUAGAAGGCGUGGAUCUUGAAAUAUACAGAGACACUGUUCUUCCCAGAGUUUUAGAGCAGGUUGUUAACUGUAAAGAUGAGCUUGCACAAUAUUAUCUGAUGGAUUGCAUAAUUCAGGUUUUUCCAGAUGAGUACCACUUGCAGACCCUUGACACAUUAUUAGGUGCUUGUCCUCAGCUUCAGCCAGCAGUUGAUGUUAAGACAGUGCUAUCACGGUUGAUGGAGAGGUUAUCUAAUUAUGCUGCCUCAAGUGAAGAUGUUUUAUCCCAGUUCCUGCAAGUAGAAGCUUUCACUAAGUUGAGCAGUGCUAUAGGGAAGGUGAUAGAAGCUCAGACAGACAUGCCAAUUGUUGGAGCCAUUACAUUGUACUCAUCCCUUCUUACAUUUACACUCUAUGUACAUCCAGAUCGGCUGGAUUAUGUGGAUCUAGUGCUGGGGGCAUGUGUGAAGAAGCUUUCUGGAAAGCCAAAGCUUGAAGACAGCAGAGCAACAAAACAAAUAGUUGCACUUCUGAGUGCUCCAUUAGAGAAAUACAAUAAUGCUGUCACUGCCUUGACUCUUUCAAAUUAUCCUCUUGUCAUGGACCGCCUUGAUAAUGAAACUAACAAGCUCAUGGCAAUGGUUAUCAUUCAAAGCAUUAUGAAAAAUAAUACAUGUAUUUCUAGUGCUGAUAAGGUUGAAGUGUUGUUUGAAUUGGUAAAAGGCCUCAUUAAGGAUUUGGAUGGAACUAUGGUAGAUGAGCUAGAUGAGGAGGAUUUCAAAGAAGAACAAGACUCUGUUGCUCGCCUUAUACACAUGCUUUAUAAUAAUGAUCCAGAGGAAAUGUUGAAGAUUAUAUGUACCGUGAGGAAGCAUAUAAUGGCUGGAGGACCAAAACGCUUACCUUUUACAAUUCCUCCUCUCAUAUUUUCUGCACUAAGGCUGGUCAGACAGUUGCAAGGUCAGGAUGGAGAUAUAGUGGGCGAAGAACUGCCUCCGACACCUAGGAAGAUUUUUCAACUCGUAAAUCAGACCAUUGAGGCUCUUUCAUCUGUUCCAUCGCCUGAGCUCGCAUUAAGAUUGUAUUUACAAUGUGCUGAGGCUGCAAAUAACUGCGAUCUUGAGCCAGUUGCUUAUGAAUUUUUCACUCAGGCAUUUGUGUUAUAUGAAGAAGAAAUUGCGGACUCCAAGGCCCAGCUGACUGCAAUACAUCUAAUUAUUGGUACACUUCAAAGGAUGAAUGUAUUUGGUGUUGAGAACAGGGAUACAUUAACACACAAGGCCACUGGAUAUUCUGCAAAGCUGUUGAAGAAACCUGAUCAGUGCAGAGCAGUUUAUGCCUGUUCACAUCUAUUUUGGAUGGAUGAUCAGGGUGGCAUCAAGGAUGGAGAAAGGGUCCUGCUCUGCCUGAGGCGGGCGUUGAGGAUUGCAAAUGCUGCCCAGCAAAUGGCCAAUGUUGCAAGAGGUAGCAGUGGACCAGUUAUACUCUUCGUAGAAAUAUUGAACAAGUACCUAUACUUUUUUGAGAAAGGGAACCCACAGGUUACUAGUGGUGCAAUUCAGAGCUUAAUUGAAUUAAUAAAUACUGAAAUGCAAAGUGACUCUACAACCCCAGAUUCAGCUGCAAAUGCUUUCUUUGCUAGCACAGUUAGGUAUAUUCAGUUCCAGAAACAAAAAGGUGGUAUUAUGAGUGAGAAAUACGAUCCCAUCAAGGUGUGACUUGCUUGUGGAGGAAGGUGUAUUAAAAGCUGAAUGCCCUUAAACAAGCUGUUUGGGUUUUGGUGGAAGGAAUUGUCGGACUCUGGUAUAAUCUGCUACUGCAGUAUUAACUUUUUGAGGAGAAGAAAGGGAAGUUUAUGGGGAUAGGAAAAAGGCAUCACGUCUCCAAUUUUAAAUUGAAAAUUUUCUUUGAUCGGAUCAAUUUAUUCUCGUCUCUCCGGGAUUCAGACUUGUGUAACUUUGUCCAUUAUUGUGCGGAAAGUCCCAGAAAAUAACUGGUUGAACAGGGUGGGCUAUGGUGUAUAGGUUCUUUACAUCCUCGUGUCUCUCAUUUGUCGUCCUUCCGUUUCUGGUGUAUGCAGAGGUUUCAUGUACUGCGCAUUGGAUUUACUCAAUAAAAAAAUUAUAUAUGAUUGUAUUACAA